AUGGGUGACAUCGAGGACACACACUUCGAGACCGGAGACUCCGGAGCCUCCGCAACCUUCCCCAUGCAGUGCUCUGCCCUGCGCAAAAAUGGAUUUGUAAUGCUGAAAGGUCGUCCCUGCAAAAUCGUCGAGAUGUCUACCUCCAAAACUGGAAAGCACGGUCAUGCCAAGGUUCAUUUGGUCGGAAUUGAUAUUUUCAAUGGAAAAAAAUACGAAGAUAUCUGUCCCUCCACCCACAAUAUGGACGUACCUCACGUGAAGCGUGAAGACUACCAACUGACCGACAUAUCCGACGAUGGAUACCUGACCCUUAUGGCUGACAACGGUGACCUGCGCGAGGACCUUAAGAUACCCGAUGGCGACCUUGGCGCCCAACUUCGCUCCGAUUUCGAUAGCGGCAAGGAGUUGCUGUGCACUGUGCUCAAGUCCUGCGGUGAAGAAUGCGUUAUUGCAGUAAAGGCAAACACAGCUCUCGAUAAAUAA